CUAGGGUCGGCGAUUUCGCUAGAAGGUCUGCGAUUGGGUGCUCCAGCAUUAGCCAAGAUGGCCGCGGCCGCUGCAAGUCGAGCCGUCGGGGCAAAGCUGGGUCUGCGUGAGAUUCGCAUUCACUUAUGCCAACGCUCGCCCGGUAGCCAAGGGGUCAGGGACUUCAUCGAGAAACGCUAUGUGGAGCUGAAGAAGGCGCACCCCAACCUGCCCAUUCUGAUUCGCGAAUGCUCGGAGGUGCAGCCCAAGCUCUGGGUCCGCUACGCAUUUGGCCAAGAGAAGAAUGUGUCUUUGAACAACUUCAGUGCUGAUCAGGUAAACAGAGCCCUGGAGAAUGUACUAAGUGGCAAAGCCUGAAGUCUGUCCACCGAGGAUUAUAAUCAAGAGCCCCAGAACCUAGGCUCUGCUGGACUGACUAUGCUGUGGGAAAAUGUGGUGUUAUUCCUUAUAAAGCUUCUGAUGUAAAA